AUGAGCACCAAGACAAAGAUGCUCGCAAGAGAGAAUGGGAGCAUUGGAGAAAGGAUUUAUGUUCCAGAAAAUUUGCUGGCAUCAGUCACAGCGACAGACGACCAGGGCCACUGCAACCGUCAAAGCUACUCUUCAAGCGAGGAGGAUUCUCCAGUGGGCGAGAUUCAUGUUGCCAAGAAGAGAGCGUCAACUAUAAGCUGGUCGGAGCAUGGAGGAUAUCAGGCCACGACACGACAUGGUCAUCUGAGCCGGGUAUUCACUAUUGAAGAAGGACAGGAAGACGUAUGUAUCUCUGAAUACAGCAAGACGAAUGACGACCCGUCCACUCCCUCGUCCGGAUCGAUCUCUCGAGAAUACCCUGUUGACGUUUCGUACAAUGCAGCGUCAUCGCAGGAGCAUCAGGGCUGUCAGUAUACUCACGCGUCUUUUCAUCCACGGACACACAACAGAUUUAGCUAUCGGAAUUCGUUGCCGGUAGGCCAAGCCUUACGGAGCACGCCGCGUGACAUACGAAAAGGCAGCGUCCGGAGUCUGUAUAACAGGGCCGCCCUCGUGAAGAUCAAGCAUCAGCGAAGAUACUGGCGUCGGCUGUUGUUCGAAAGAAAACAGUCUUCCAGGGCGGCUGGGCGAUUGUCAUUGGCCUCCUCGUGUUGUAAGUCUUCAUCAGAUGCGAAAAAAGUGCGAUUCAAUGAGCCAAAUGACUCACAGGCGGACGACGAUAGCUAUUCCUAUACGCCCCUCCUGAUCACAUUCGAGGACACUUUCCCUGGACCAGAGUUCUUCCAUCAGCGUCGGAUUGCUCCACAUCCCACGGACACCGCGCUCCUGAUCCCCUGCUACAGAUCGGCCACCAUCAUCGGUCGAACGCUCGAGGCCGCGCUGCAAAUCUUUCCGGCGUCGCAUAUCUACGUCAUUGCCAAUGGGAACUCGUCCCAGCCGCUGGACAACACUGAAGAGAUUUGCCGCAGCUACGGGGUCAAUCACAUAUGGUCACCCGUCGGGUCAAAGAUCAUUGCCAUAUUCAUCGGUUGCUACGCGGUCAAAGACUUUCAGAACGUCCUCUUGAUCGACGACGAUUGUAUCCUCCCGCCCAACUUUCCCGUGGUCGUGUCCCGGCUCAACGAGGAAGUCCGCUGCAUCGGCUAUACGAUCAAAUCCGUUGGGCCCGAUUCCUCGCGCGGAUCGUAUUGCCAGCAAGCACAAGACCUGGAGUACAAACUGUCCGGCCUGACCCGGUGUUUCGCCGGGCGGAUUGGCAGCGCCACAUUCCCUCACGGAGCCAUCUCGCUGUGGGAACGGACGUUUCUGAAGCGGACGCUCCACAAUCAUCCCGGCUUUUCGAUUAGCGAGGACUGGUUCCUUGGUGAUAGCUGCCGGCGCUUAGGGGGCCGAAUCCAGAUGUGUAGCGCCGUCUUUGUGGAGACCACGACGCCCGCCUCGGUGCUGUUUGGCGAGAUCAACGAAGCUCGAGGCGGAUUCGGCGAGCCCACGGUCUUCAGGCAGCGGUUCCUCCGGUGGAACUUCUUUGUCGCCAAUGGGUUGUGGUAUAACCUCUCCUACCUCUUCACAUCGUGGAAGUUGGGCCGGUGGGAAUUCGCGACAAAGCUCUUGGUCAUUCAAGAGGUACGCACUUCCGAUCUGUACUCGGUGGGUGACUCGGUACUGACGGGACAGAUAUACGAGACACUUCUGUACAUCCUCACUCCAUUUACGCUCCCAAUAUCGUUCAUUGUACGACCGGAAUUCUGUACUGUUCUCCUCAUGUCGACAUUGGGGCUCUAUCUACUUCACGUCAUUAUAUUCAACGAGGUUCAUUUGCGUCUGAAGAACGAGAGGAUUGGCUGGAAGGUUGUCCUGGGGUACUAUAUGCCAUACAAGCUUCUCAUGACCUUCACCAACGUCGCCAGCUGCUACUGGUCGCUGGUCAAAUAUGCCCGAUAUUUCGCCCGACGACACCCGAAGCUGAUCGAGGACCACAAGGCAGUUGGAAUGGUGUUGAAAUUGGAAGACAUGACGGGCCGCAUGGGGGGAAUCCCCGAGGGCCAGGGCCUGAGAAGGAGUAUGACCGUGCGCACUGUUGACGUCGAUGCGGCUGUAAAUAAUCGAGAUUUCCUCAUUGCCGAGCUGCCGGCAGAGAGAUAUCCUUCUGGGUGA